UGCAGUUUAUUCAGUCGUCCGGCCGGAGCCAUUGUUGCUCUGUCCGCGCUUUUGUUCACCUUGAGCAGAGAGACAAGAUGAAGAAGGCUUGGCUGCUUGUCGCUGCAGUUCUGGUGGUUUCUGCGACUUCGAAUGGACUGGAAAAGCGGCAAUCCUUUGAUCUUGGCACUCGACCAGGCCCAAACAAUGAAGUAAUUCUCGUUUGUGAAGGCCAAGAUGUUGUAUUUUUGACCGGAAAUAACGCCCAAUGUAUCGCUGUUGCUCCUGGACAUAUUGUAGACUUCAUGAAUGGUGUUGUGUGCAUCACGGAUGAAAAUGGAGAUGAAGUUCAGAACAUUCCUGGUAUCUCUGAGUACCUAGUUAAACUGUGUAAUCCAAUAUUAGCUGAUGCAGUAGGAGGCCCGGGAAAGUUAUAUGUCAGCGAUGGUCGAGCAUUCUACAUCAACGAUGGCUGCACUUUUGAAAUGAAUUUCAUUAAUCAGGCUAUUGCUAAUGCUCCUCCUCUUGCAGUACAAUUUGAGGUUAUGACUGCCAGAGAUAUGGGAAGCCUUGUAAGCAAUUUAAUUGUGAACAGUUGA